CAUGCAGUGUUUUAUUUGUGGUGAUGCUGUCAAAGAGGACGAUGAAAGAGGCACAAUCAAGGAAAGGGCUCUAAAAACCUUUAUUGAUGCCAGCAAGAGGAGGAAGGAUGGCCAUGACAAGUGGUUGGCGCAGCAAACUUCAGUAAUAGUACACGAAAAGUGUAGGAAAGGUGCCUACACAAAGGAAUCUAGUGUCUUGAAGGCUGAGAGAGAGGCGCAAAAGGCUCGUGUCACAAGGAAGCAAGUGAACCAGUUCGACUUCAAGAGGUUAUGUAUUUAUUGUGAAAAAGAUGCAUCUCAAAUUUUCCAGGACCACAAGUGAAAAAGGCUCGAGAUGUUCGAGAAACAGUGCAUAAGGUUAUGACUUUCGAGACCAUUGACACCAUAAGAAAUGCUGCCAGAGCUAGAGGUGAUGAAUGGGGUGAGAGUGUUCUGCGUAACCUCACCUCUGAAACCGAUUUAGUCGGAGCUGAAGGUCAGUAUCACGGCACGUGCAAACGUAAUUUCUUCUUGGUAAGUUCUCAGGCUGCUGCAGGCCCUUCUGGUGUUAAAAAAGCUCGGGGGCGGCCCGAGAAUGUUGAAAUGGCUGAGUGUGUUAACUUCAUCGUCAAGUAUAUGGAACAGAAUGAAGAUUUUUCUCAAUUUUCACUGGAUGCGAUUCUCCAAGCAUACCAAGGCAGUAUUCCCAGGAAGGACCAUAUUCUUGACAAGUUAUCAGAAAGAUUAGGAGAAGAAGUAAUUGUGGUGCGUGGGAGCAAUCAAUUCAGGCAGGCAACAAUAUGCUACCGAAACACAGGACACAAAAUGCUGACCAACAGCUGGUAUCAAUCCAGAAGUAAUGAUGUAAAUGAAGAACGUAUGAGAGUUGUGAAAGCAGCCGCCGAAAUAAUACGUGAGGACAUCAGGUCAAUGGUGUAUACCCUGGUUAAAUAUCCCUCUCCUGACAUGUUUUUACAAAAUGCAAGCAAUGACAUCCCACAUUCUCUCCAGUUACUUCGGGAAACCAUAACAACUCCUCGAAAGAAGAGAGCCGAUGAGGAGAAGAAAAGAGAGAAGAAGAAAAUGGAGAAGAAAGUCCAAGCCAUUCUCUGAUCACAGCAACCCGACCACUGUCAUUCACAUCUCCCAUCUUGCUCGGGGUCGGAACUCUGCUCUACAGGAAGUACGGGUCAAGACAUUUGGUAGACAUACUUUCAGCCUUGGGAUUCAGCUCUUCAUAUGGAGAAGUCAGAAAAUUUGAGGUAUCCACUCUGCAGCAGUCCCUGGAUAUUACAGUGAAUAACUCUUUCACUCAGUUCGUUUUUGAUAAUGCUGACAUCAAAAUGGACACUAUUGAUGGUCGAGAUACAUUUCAUGCCAUGGGAGGCAUCCAAUGUUUUACGCCAAAUAAAUAACUGAUCCCAAGGGCUCCUAUUGAAAAGGUCAAGACCAUACCAAAAGCUACCUUCUUGAAAGAAUAUGGGAGCAUUCCGCUGCAGCACUUUGACCAACCAAGUGAAGGUGGUUUAGCCACCCUGGCUGUGAAGAACAUAACUGACAACGUGGAGAGAGAAGUAUUGCCAAGGUCGGCAGAUUUGCUCUGGAUGUUUGGGAAGUGGAAUGAUGAUAUCGACCUUCCAGGGUGGAACGGCUUCAUGGAAACCAUAACAUCAAAUGAGCCUUACAAGACCUCAUGUAUACUGUGCCUCCCGUUCAUUAGAGCCCCUCCCUCAGAUUUCGAUACAAUCUACACAGCCUUCACAACAGCUGCUGAGAAAUGCAGAGAGCUCCGCCAACGCUGCUGUUUUGUCACUUUGGACCAUCCACUCUGGUUAAAAGCAAGGAAAAUUCUUGCUUCUGCCGGCCCAGAUAGCGAGUUGAGUUGUGUUACCGUGCGGCUUGGGGGUUUUCAUUUGCUCAUGUCCUACAUGGGCACAAUUGGCUUCAUUAUGGACGGCAGUGUCCUCCAAGAUUUGUGGAGUGUUUGCUUCGCGAUGGCAUCCACAAAAACGAUGAUGUCAGGCCACUACUAUUCCCGAGCUGUACGAGCUCAUAUAUUGGCCCAGCUCGCUUUGGCCAAAAUAAUUCUACAGACGAUGUCCACAUCACAAGAAACAAAGCUGACAGACGAAGAGACUGAUUCACUAUCGUAUCUCAUAAAGGAUUUUACAUCAGAAAUAUUUGACAUUAACAACCCAAAUGUUGACAGUCUUAUGGAAAAGUUCAAAAGACAAUUGGAAAUCUUAGAGGAACGAGGAAGCACAGCACAGCUGUGGGUGCAGUAUUUCAGGAUGGUGUCAGUCCUCAAGAAAUUUAUCGAGGCUGAAAGAACUGGGAAUUGGAUGUUACACCUGCAGAGCGUCAGAAACAUGAUUCCAUAUUUCUACGCCAGCGGACACUUCAACUACGCAAAAGCUAGUCAACUCUACCUGCAGGAUAUGGAGGAGCUCAAUAAAAAACUGACACAUGCUGAAUAUCAACAGUUCGUUGUACAAGGUUACUUCACAAUAAGGCGUAGCGAAAAGCAUUGGUCUGGAAUAUGGUCAGAUAUGACCAUCGAGCAAGUGCUCAUGAGAGCAAUAUCUUCUGUGGAGGGCUAUCCCGUGGGCGGGGAAUCAGCUAUGGGACUCUAGCCCGGUGGAUCGCUGGCAUGCCCACUGCAGUGGAUGUUUGUCAUCAAAUUGAGGAGUACUGUGAGGUCUCCUUCUCAACAUCCGAUCAGCAUGUUGACACGACAAACUCCAGAAUACGGAGGGACGACAGCGAUUUGCAGAAAUUCAGCGAAUGGUUUCAGUGCCAUGACCCAUUCCCUAAAUGAGUUCCCUCAUGUCCAUCAGCACAGGAGUUAUAGCAGAUGACAGCAUUAACUGCCACAAAGCUUUUGAAAAGGGCACUGCCAGUAUGAAAACUAUUGAAGGGAAAAACUUCAAAGAACUUCAACUUAGCAGAAAAAACCUAGUGGUGCCUCUACGAGCCGUGAAGGCUACAGCAAAGAUCAACGGAGAAUCAGCCCCUAUCAGUACGGACACAAUUUUCCGCCGCAUUCUAUUUCACAUGAAAUCACAGCUUCAGCUUGAAUUGUACUUUGGAUUCGAAUUGGCCCCGUACCCACUUCCACUGUUUGAUGAUGACGGCAUGAUGCGGAAGAGUAGAAAAUCUGAACUGUACAAGCUGUUCACUCCAAUCAAAGUGGAUUUCACUGUGAAUGCAGACUACGUAGUGGAUGGUGGUUUCCUCCUGCACAGAGUUGUGUGGCACAGCGGAGAACAGUUUUCCAUUAUCAUUCACAAGUACGUAAAUUACGUGAAAUCCAACUACAAGUCUGACAGUAUUACCAUAGUUUUCGAUGGAUACCCAGAGGAUGUGGCCGAGAAGAGUAUAAAGUCUGCUGAAAGAGCGCAAAGAGCCCGUGCUAUGUCAUCUUCGUCGGUUAUAUUCCAGGAACAUACCAAGGCCACAAUGCGGAAAGAUCGUUUCUUGUUGAAUGAUCACAACAAGAAAUGUCUCAUAUCGAUGCUGACAAACAAACUGAUGGACGAGGGCAUUCACGUGAAACAAGCCUUGGAAGAUGCAGAUUCUCGGAUUGUGAGCACAGCAAUGGAGAGGUCUAUAGAGGGAGGCAAUGUUUUCAUAGUGGGAGAGGACACCGAUCUGUUGCUCCUGUUCACUUUUCAUGUUGCUGUCUUUGAAGAGCCCAUCUCCAACGUGUUCCUCAUCAAACCCGGGAAGCAGAACCAGGAAACUGUCGUUUACAGUCCGAGCAAUUGCAGGCUGCCUGAAAACAUGAGGAAGCAUGCCCUGUUUCUCCAUGCCUUCACGGGGUGCGACACCACAUCCUCAUUUUUCCGCCAGGGGAAAAUAAAAUUCAUCAAGAAAUUCAUGGCAGACCAAAACCUCCUUAUCAGGCCUCUAUUUUUCUUGACCCGAUCGCAACUCCUGAUCAAGUUGCAGAGGCAGGCGUUCACUUUAUAAAUACCUUGUACACGGGUGGCAGCAGCAAGUCCCUCAAUCAAGUGAGGUUUGACCUCUUCCAGAGGUCGCUUUCAAAAACUAAUUUCGACUUGGCGUCCUUGCCUCCUACAGAAGCGGCUGCUCGCCAGCACUCCUUCAGAGUUUAUUUACAGGUGCAGGUAUGGAGGAGUAAUGUACUAGAUCCAGAGAGAUGGGGAUGGAAAAUAACCACCAAUGGGUUAACUCCCAUCACAACGACUGAUCUACCGGCCCCACAAGAACUUCUCAACUCCAUAUCGUGCACUUGUAACAAAGGGUGCAAAGCAGCUUGCUCCUGUAGAAAGGCAGGGAUAAAAUGCACCACCAUCUGCAUAACCUGCAAAGGGCACGCAUGCCUCAAUUCCAUCUCUGAAGACAAGGAUGUUAUACUGGAUGCCACCCAGUGUGACUAGGAGAUUGAUAUCAUCGAAGGAGAGCAAGAAAUGAAUCCUCAUUCUCAAGAUUCCGAGGAUGAGGAGCUAGAUGACGUGAUCGGCGAAGAGCUACCGUCUUCUCCUAAACGGCGAAAGAAAUCGUCAACAUGAGUACCUUGUACAUCUUUCAUAUUAUGAUCUUUCAUGUACACAACUAAUACAUAUUUCAUGUACACAAUGUACACAACUAAUACCGUUAUCAUUUACAUGUAUACAUCUUUUGUUACCUUCAAUAAAACAUUAUUCAUUAUAAUGCCUUCUUAUAUUUUGAAACCACAUAACAUCAUAUUGGAGUGUCCAGGUGCGGAUCCAGUAGGAGGGGGCACGAAUCCUAGAAUUUCUGAAACCCCAGAACAAUUAAUAUUUAAUAUUUUAUUAAAAAUAAGGAUUAGACUUGAAAUUCC